AUGUUUACGGUGAGCUGUUACGCGUUCCACCCGCUCGUGUUGCAAUUUGUGAGGAUCUGGAGAUACACUCAGGUCGUCUCCGAAGUGCUCACUUGCAUACUAUCCAUGGUAUGCUGUCAGUGCAUGAAUAUGAUGUUAUUAUCCAACCGAUCAUCAAACGAAAGCCAGUUUUCUGUUCAAAGAUUUAAGGACGAUUUCGUGAACCACACAAACUUUGGUAUGGUAAAGGAAGAAGGCGAAAGUCCACGGACACAGUACACGGUGGUAGACGUUCAUCCAGAAGCGAAGAUUACAUCGAAAGCUCAGACGAGAUGCGGGGAGGGAUGGCAAUUUGGGAUAAGUGAUCAAGAACUUCAAGAUAAGAUGGAGUUUGCCGUACAAAAACAUAUAUGUUCAACAAGAGAUCUUCAGACAGCGACGUCGUUUUGGACCCAUCACUUGGGAGAUAACAUACCUGGAAUACAUUCAACCAGAAAAGGUGUCGUCAAGCCAUCUUCAAAUCUGUACAUCAAAUGA